CAAACAAGCAAGACUUCAUCAGUAAUUCGCCUCAACUUCUCUUGCUGCAGGCCCACACCCCCGCCAAUCACUGCGGAAGCAAUCAAAUCACUUCUUGUGCCGUGUGCUACAUACACCUACUCCCUGCACUUGCCAUCAGACAGACAAUCAAAAAAACAUCAAUCAUUAUCACCAUCAUCAUCUCCAACCAUCUGCACCGUCUCGUCUUGACACAAAAGCAUUCUCUAUACGACCUCUUCGUCCAAUGUUGACUGUCCCGCUCCUUCUCUCACCUCUGCAUCACCCCGUUCGCCUCCAGCGCUCGGUCUACUAGUUCCCACAUCAUGGCCGACAGCAAUGGCUCUUCUGCAGAGCAGGCCCUCAGUCCAGUCCUUGACUGGUACUCCAAAGUGUAUAGCCGCCGCGUUGAUCUUGUAGGCGAUUACGCGGGCGAGGAGUUGUUCAUCAUCGAGGGAGACUCCAUACUGUUGCAUUGCUUCACCGAUAAGCAGAUCGAUUUCAAUCCAAACUUUCAACUUCUUCACGCUGUAUAUGCUAUUGAGAGCUUCCUACGCAGCCUUGUUGUUCGACGGUGCAAUUUCCAUAUUGCCUUCUUCGAUCAGCAUCGCGAGUUGUGUGUACCGCAGCAUGUGUCUGCCGAUGAUCGGCAGAAAUAUCUACUGGCGAGAGCUGCCAUCAUCCGACAUUUGGGUGCAAAUCUCAAGUCUCUUCAUCCAGACAUUGAGGUCCACAAUUUUCCCUCUGUACAUUCAACGAGGUUCGCAGAAUACCUUCGUACUACAGAUGUAUAUUUCAUAUUAUGCCACGAUGGUGCCGUGUCAGGCUCUUCACGUGACCGAAAGAUCCUUGACAAAGAUUCUGCUACCACCCAGAAUGAAGAUCAAGAGCAAAAUGAAAGAGUUAAGAUCAUGUUCCGUAUGCUCAUAUUCUGGUUCGUUGAGAGGGGUUAUAAUGCCGCAUUGGUGAAUGGCCUUAGGUUCCGGGAUACCAAGGUGGUCACUACGGUCCUGGAAAACUCCAGGGCAAAAAGACACGACGUAUCACAGCAGCAGACGUCCUAUGUAACGGACGAACCUAGUAAUGACGAGCAAGAUUCCGUCCCGUAUGAUCAGAGUCGCUUGAGCUCCAUUCAUUCACGCGCAACCAGCCAACUUACGGAACGCGAGUACUUAACUUUUCUGACUCUCUUGAAGCUUAGUUCUUCGGAAGACAUUGACAUGGAGCAGUGUUCUGCUUUUCUUCGCCAUCUCGCUUUGCUGUCUGAGCUUCCACUUACCGCUCGACUUCCCAAAGACAUCGAUCUUGACGAAGAUGGUACAGAUUUUAUAGUAGAGUUCUGUUCAGAGAGCAGACGUAUACUACAAUCAGUACACUGGCAAAAUGAUGUUGCCAAGUUGGGUCUCGUCUGCGACGUAGCCGAUCUCGUAGAUGGGAAACUCUUCGCGGCCUGUCUUGAAGAUGAGUCUCUAGGUGCCGGCGAUAGGUUCCGAAUCCUCGUUGAUGCGAUCAAAUUUCCUCUGGGCGAGUCCAGUGCUCCACCUUCGAAGCCACUAUCGCAGGCAAAAUUCGACAAGCUCAACAAGUCCGACCAUACCUACGCUGUGCUGCCAUUAUCUAACACUGUGUUCGAUAAACAUUUGUCACCCGUCGAGCUGGUUGUAGAUCGAUCUGGGGAUGAACCAGAUAGUACGUCAGCAAUGGUCUUCCGUGAGGCCUUUAACUGGCACAACAGCAAGCGACCAGUGGACCCCAAAAUCAGGGAGGAACAACUCGCACGGUCGAAGAAGCAAGCGUUCUUUGCUAACCGCCGCAACCAGUGGUUCAUGGCCGAGAUGACAGCUUAUGCAGCGAGUCUUACCAAUGCAGUUGGCAAGGCGCUUGAGCCGGAAAUCAUUACUACCGGUGUCAAAGGGAGCAAAGCACCAACUGCACCUCCAGCGGAAGUUGCCCAAGGCAAUGCAAAGGGAAAAGCUAACGCAAAGAACAAUAAGAAGCCUGCUAUGUCCAAAAAGCAAGCCAUGUUAGCAGAUAUUGCCGCAAAAAAGUCUAAGAAGGACGAGGCAAGUGCAGAAAAGAUCAUACAAGGAUGGAAGUUAUCAUGCAAAACACUAGAUCAAGAACCGAAUCUAGCCACAAAGUACCAAAAGGCAAGACAGUACCAGAACACGCUCAACAAUGAUCUCAAGCGCGACACCCUUGAAGCUGAGGUCCGCCUCUACCAACUUAACAUCCUCUUGGAGAUGUGGAUUGGAUUUUGCAGGAACAAUCAAAAGGAGCAAAACUUACAUCUCGCUGCUCUGGUCUUCGACACAAUCAGUUCUUUCCAAAAGUUCCGUCGUCCUAUCACCAAGACUAUCGCCAAUUCUUUGACGACUUCAAACAAACUUCUCAAAUUGCCUCAACUCGUGUUACCAUCGCCCACUGAGGAUCGUGCGUUGUCUUUCAAUUUCGUACUGAAGGCUUCCCCGACUGUAGAUAUCACGAUUCCCCUACCAGCGCAAAGGUUUCAACUUCUACACUGCGGUCCGUACUUUGAGCGAAGCAUAGACUCUGCCCCUGAUCAUCGCGUUCCCUUCGAACCCGACGCAUGGCAACGUAAAGUCCUUGACGAGAUUGAUGCCAGGAACAGUUUGCUGGUUAUCGCUCCGACGUCAGCAGGAAAGACCUUCAUCUCCUUUUACGCCAUGAAGCAGGUUCUCGAAGCCAACAAUGACGAUAUCCUCGUCUACGUGGCGCCUACCAAAGCCUUGGUCAAUCAAAUCGCAGCUGAAGUCCAAGCACGCUUCUCGAAACGAUAUGAGUAUGGCGGAAAUUCCGUCUGGGGUAUCCACACCGGUGAUUACCGAAUUAACAACCCAACGGGUUGUCAGAUCUUGGUCACAGUCCCCCACAUCCUGCAGAUGAUGCUGCUGGCUCCAAGCAAUGCAAAGUCAUGGUCACAACGUGUGAAAUGGAUCAUCUUCGAUGAAGUUCAUUGUAUUGGCCAAGCUGAGGAUGGUCUAGUCUGGGAACAGUUGUUGCUGUUGGCUCCUUGCCCAAUCAUCGCUCUGUCUGCGACUAUUGGAAAUCCGCAAGAAUUCAAUGCUUGGCUCACCUCGACCCAAGAAGCCGUUGGAAAUAAGAUGCGCAUGGUGCAGCACCCACACCGAUACAGCGACCUUCGAAAAUUUGUAUAUACGCCUCCAAAGGCCUACAAGUUUGAGGGUCUUUCCGACAAUCGCGCUUUUGCACAACUGGGAUUGGAUAAUGCCAAAGAUUUCACGUUUUUGCACCCAAUCACGAGUUUAGUGAACCGGGGCAGAGGUGUACCCAGCGAUUUCAGUCUUGAAGCCCGAGACUGUCUCACUUUGUGGGAGAGCAUGUCUAAACAUCAAAAGCCAGGCUACACAUUAGAUAAAUCGCUGGACCCAGCUUCGGCAUUACCAAAUGUGGUGAAGAAGACCGAUAUCAUCAAAUGGGAAGCAUCAAUUAAGGAAGUUCUUAAGGCUUGGCUGGCAGAUUCUAAUUCUCCCUUUGAUGCCGUCCAUGAAGAUCUUAGCCGGGACGCAAACAUGCUCGAAGAUCCCAUAAAGGACGAAGGCACAAAAGAGGUUGCCGAUACGAAGACUGUAGUUGAAGAUCAUGAAGAACUUAACGACGUAGAAGUGAGCCAUGACAUCGACGGUAUCUUGCCACUGUUGGAAAACCUACACUCCCAGGAUGCACUCCCUGGUAUCAUUUUCAACUAUGAUCGAGGCAUUGUUGAGAAGAUCGGUCAAAACCUCUUGAAGCAACUUGUAGAGACCGAAGCUUCCUGGAAGGAGACCAGUCCGAAGUGGAAGUCCGACCUUCAAGCCUGGGAGACCUGGAAGAAGGCUAUGGCUAAGGCGGACAAGCGAGGCCCUCCGAAGGUGUCGAAAAAGAAGGGAGGUGGGGGCGACGAUGAGGUCUUGUCAAAAGCCGACUUGAUGAGAGAUGCGGCCUCCAGUGACGCUAGCCCAUGGGCGUCCUUUGAUCCGGAAAAUCCACAAGACGGCUUUCACUUUGCUGACAAGAGGAAGGCAUCUCUGGAGGAGCUUGCGAAGUACUUCAAGGAACUUAUCCGACGUGAAGUGCCCCAAUAUUUGCUCGAUGCAUUAAGGAGAGGCAUUGGAAUCCAUCACGCUGGUAUGAACAGAAAGUACCGCCAGGUCGUCGAAAUGCUAUUCAGGAAGGGAUUCCUAAGGGUAGUCAUUGCUACAGGUACCCUCGCUCUUGGUAUCAACAUGCCUUGCAAGACUGUCGUCUUUUCUGGUGACUCCGUCUUCCUCUCGGCUCUAAACUAUCGACAGGCUGCGGGUCGUGCAGGUCGUCGAGGCUUUGACAUGCUGGGAAACGUUGUUUUCCACGGUAUCUCCCUCGGUAAAGUCCACAGACUGGUCAGCUCUCGUCUCCCGGACCUCAAUGGUCACUUUCCCAUUACCACAACGCUGGUUUUGAGGUUGUUCACAUUGUUGAAUGAGUCCAAAGAAUCGCCUUUUGCCAUUCGGUCCGUCAAUGCUCUUUUGUCUCAACCACGCCUGUACCUUGGUGGGGAAGAAUCGAAGAUGACAGUGCUACAUCAUCUACGUUUUUCAAUCGAGUACUUGCGUCGACAAUUUCUGCUUGACUCUCGCGGCGCGCCAUUGAACUUCGCCGGAUGCGUAAGCCAUCUCUAUUUCGCCGAGAACUCGGCUUUCGCUUUCCACGCGUUACUGAAGGAUGGAUUCUUCCACAAGCUGUGCGCAAAUGUGGAGAAGAAUUCCGAGAAUGUUUUGAAGGAAUUGAUGUUGACAUUGGCCCAUUUGUUUGGUCGCGUGUACUGCCGACAGGCCGACCAGGAACAUGUUGACGAGGUCGUGAAGAAGAGCCAGUCGCUCGUCUUCUUACCGCCAAUGCCCACCGACGCCGCACAUAUUCUACGUAGCCACAACAGCUCAACUCUCGAAAUAUUCAGCGCCUAUGUUCAGACGUUUGCCGAAAAGCAUAUCGACCAAUCGGAUGACAAGUUGCCACUUACUCAGAUCAAGAUCGGUGGCGAGGAUGUCCCAACGCAUGCCCGAUCCCUUGAGCGCCGCCCUCCGACCAACGUUCGCUCGGCGUUCGUUGCUCUUUCUGGCCACGAUGAUCAGUUCGACUCGGUCCACGACCUAUGCAAUACUGCUCGAUCCGGAGUCUUCCUCGAAGAGGCUGUGGUUCCAUAUGUUCCCUUGUAUCCCGAGGAGUCCGAGCUACCGCUGAACGCGUACUUGUAUGAUUUCUUCACGCAUGGAGAUGUUGCUGCUCUCGCGUCUGCGAACAAGAUCCGUAGCGGCGACGUUUGGUACGUUCUCAAUGAUUUUAGCAUGGUAUUAGCCACUAUUGUCACCAGUCUCUCGACCUUCAUGAAUCUUACCUCUGCGUCUGAUCUCGACUUCACCGACGUCCGAGGAGAAGGCGAGGAAGAAGAGGAGCGCAAAGAAGACGAGCUUCUGCCUGAGGACUCGGGCUACGAGACUGCCUCAACAACCUCGAUGCCAAACAAAUUCGGAGCCGCCAAACAAGAUCUCACCGUGCAGACGAAGAAGAAAAAGAAGGUGGCCGACUCAUGGGAUGAUGAUGCGGAUGAAGAAGACUUCCAAGAGGAAAUUGCAGCGAAGAGGGCAGAGAAGAAGAAGCAAUCCGCGAUGGCAGAGAAGCCAGCCUGGGAGGAAGGCGCGGACCUAAUGAACGUUCUCAAGGCAUUCAAGAUGUUGCGAGAGGACUUCGACACUAAGUUCAGGGCCAUGUGGGCUUAGUUGAACGUACCGACGGAGGGAACAGGAUACAAAUUGAUCAUGAUUUUACGACGUUGCAUGAUGUGGUGUUUGGUCGAUACGGGCUGAUGACAUACACGCACAAAAUGUGGAUAGAAAGAAAAGACUUUACGAAUGCAUAAAGACAAAAACCCGACAUGAAUAUAGGCAUGACUAGGAAUUAGUAUAGAUCACAAUAGACCUGAUGAAAAUAAUGCUUAUCCAAU